AUGAAACGGCUGAGGAACCGGAGACGCGACCACAGGACUGGUCGUAUCAGCGGCCAGGUUGGUGGCAAGAGGGAUGAGGCCACAACUACGGCGCGGGAGACCGCGGCAAGCGAGACCGAGGAUGGUGGAAUCAGUGGCAAGGAAGCUGGGGAGCAUGGCCCUCAGCAGGAGCCAGAGUCCGCCCCCUUCGUAUGCUAUGCCGGGGAUCCCGAGCCCAAGGUGGACAAUGAGUUCGCGAUGGGCACGAGCGUGCCAACGGCAGCCGCGGUGGCCCAAGGCAAGUGCGUAGUGGACUGUGGAACUACUCGCUCCAUUGGCUCAAUCCGGGCCUUGGAGCAUUUGAUGAGCCGCAACCUCGUGAAGACCGGCAACACGGGCGUGAACCAGGUGGACCUGCAGGAUAAGCCAACUUUCAACUUCGGCAACUCGAGCGAGAAUCAGUGUGCCAGCACCGUAGAGAUGAAGUUGCAGGCAGGUCAGCGAGAAGGGCGUCUUCGCAUCCACGCCUUGGACAUGGGUCAAGGCCCCAUCCUCCUGUCGAUUGCCGCUCUUCGAGCUCUAGGAGCGGUCGUGGACUUCGCGGAGGACGUCAUGGUCCUGCGCAAUGUGGACUGCCAUCGCCUCAUUGAGCUUGAGCGAUCCGCCUCAGGACAUCAGCUUUUAGAUCUUUCGGCGGACCUUUUUGAGAAGUCGCAGCCCACAACGCAAGCAGUGCCUAGCUUGCGAAGUUUUGUACAGACCGAGGUUGCCGACGAGUAG